GGCCUCCCGCCCGCCCCGACCGCUCCCCCCGCGUUGCCCGGGCAGCGGGGCCGCGGAGCGGGGCAGGAAAAUUCACAUGAUAGGGAGAGAAAGCCACAUGCCAGGUCCUUGUGACUGAACAGAAACCGACCAUGCCUCUUCCAGAAACCAUGUUUUGUGCUCAGCAGAUCAAAAUCCCCCCAGAGCUACCUGACAUUCUGAAGCAAUUUACUAAAGCUGCUAUUAGGACUCAACCUCGUGAUGUUUUGCAGUGGGCAGCUGCGUAUUUUUCAGCCUUGUCAAAGGGGGAGCCCCUUCCUGUGAAGGAGAGGAUUGAAAUUCCUUCAGCAACAGGGGAAAUAGAAGGUGGUUUGACUCCUGGACUCCUCAAAGUCUUGCACAAAAAGCUUUCUCCCAAAGGCAUGGUAACUGUUACAGAACUAAAGGAAAAAUGGAAGCACUUGUGUUUGCCAGAAGAGCAGCUGAAAUCUAUCCUGCAACUGGACAAUUUUGGUGAGGAGGUGGAAUGGAUGAAGAUUCUGGCACUUGGGUGCAGCGUGCUCGGUGGGUCCUUACUGAGUUCAAUGAAACAUGCCUGUGAAAUCUUAACAAGCGAGCCAGAAGGUGGAGCAGCUCCGAUUCCCUUUGAAACAUUCUCGUUCCUUUAUUUGUAUUUGGCCAGUAUUGACGGAGAGAUACCAGAGGAUGAAACUGAAGCAUUCCUCCACAAAAUUAAAGAAGAAGCGCAGAGCUUGUCAAGCAAGACCUACAAAAUCAGUAUAAAAUAAACUGUGUGUGUCUCAGACAAGGCUGGUAUGUGCUAUUAGAAGAAGGUGGUAAGACAAAAUUACAGGCUUCAGUCUGCUGACAUGCCCAAAGAAUCUGUCAGCUGUGGUGUACCUUCCUGAAGAUUUCAACUUCCCUCCUUCACAUAUCUCUGCAUUAUCCAACCUGUUCUCCUCCUGCCACUGAUUGCUGAGUUCUUCCAUAUGCACACCAAUCACAUCCCGAAUCACCUGGAGAUUAAGAUACAUUAAAAACAAACAUGUCAUGGUAGUGGUCUCAACUAGCAACUAGACAGAAAAUGAACAUCUCAAAAAAAACCCCAACACCCAAAAAUCUUCCCCAAACCCUGUAUGUCAAAUGUCUGAAUGGAAAGUCUUAUUUGCAGAAACAUGUUUCUGUAUAAAUUUAAACAGCACCAUUUUAUAAUAGUCAACUAUAUCUUGCUGGCAUUUUCACAUUCAAAACUUGGCAGUUAGGAAUGCUCCUGUUAUUUGUAGCUUGCUGCAGCAAACCAAAAUCCAAAAAUAUUCCUCUAUAUUUGCAACAA